AUGGAUGACAACGCAUCGGUCGAUUCUGGAUUUGGCUCGGCAAACUCGUCCACCAGCAGCCUUCCUCUCGUAUCCCUCACCGCGGCUCACCUAAAGCACCUGAACAAGCAGCUCGAGAGCAUGGACCCCGUAAACAUCCUCCGCUUCUGCAUGGUUCUGUUCCCCAAUCUCUACCAGACCACGGCCUUCGGCUUGACUGGGCUGGCCACCAUCGACAUGCUCUCCAAGAUCCAGCAAGAGUCGCCGGCCUCGCAGGCGGUAGACCUCAUCUUCCUCGACACGCUGUACCAUUUCCAGGAGACAUAUGAACUAGUUGAACGUGUCAAGGCCCGCUACCAGAAUGUGCGACUCCACGUCUUCAAGCCCAACGGCGUCGACACGGUCGGCGAAUUCGAGGACACGUACGGCGAGAAGCUGUACGACAUGUCGGCCGAUCUGUACGACUGGAUUGCCAAGGUGGAACCGCAGCAGCGCGCCUAUUCCGAGCUGAACGUGGCGGCCGUGCUCACGGGCCGGCGCCGCUCGCAGGGCGGACAGCGCGGCGACAUUGACGUUAUCGAAGUUGACGAAGAGCGGGGCAUCGUCAAGAUCAACCCGUUGGUCAACUGGUCAUUCCAACAAGUGAAGGCAUACAUCGAAGACAACAAGGUGCCGUAUAACACCCUCCUCGACAGAGGCUACAAGUCUGUCGGGGACUGGCACUCGACAAGCCCGGUCGGAGAAGGCGAAGACGAGCGCGCCGGCCGGUGGAAAGGCCAGGACAAGACAGAGUGCGGCAUCCACAGCAAGAAGAGCAGAUAUACCCAGCUCCUCGAGGGCAUGGCGGAGCAGCGGGUUUCGCAAGCAUAA